CGGCCUUGGGAGCAGCCGCGCGUCCGCGCCUCUCUGCGGGGCCGUUACCGGGCGGGGCGCCAUGGGGCCGCGCCUGGCGCUGCUGGCCGCGCUGCUGGCCGCGAUCCGCUCACAAAUACCUUUGCACAUCACAAUUCCUCAGAGGUUACCCUCAAAAACAGCUGGAGAGACGGGCACGCUGUCCUACGUCCUCACGGUAGAGGGGAGGCCGUACACCAUUCACCUCCAGCAGCAGUUCUUUUUACCUGAUGAUUUCAGGAUUUACACAUACAAUGAGAAGGGAUCUUUGUACUAUGAUUCGCCCCAGAUCAAGGGUGACUGCUACUACCGUGGGUACAUCGAGGGUGUCCCCGGCUCGGCGGUGACUCUCAGCACCUGCUCCGGGCUCAGGGGCUUGCUGCAGUUUGAGAAUGCCAGCUACGGGAUCGAGCCUCUGGUUAAUUCACCUGCCUUUGAGCACUUCAUUUAUCAAAUGAGCAACGAGAGCAUGGCAGAUUUCCUCUUGGCAAAGAGCCGCGCCGAGAGCGGGGUCAGGCCGGCAGUGCAGGAGGUCUCCUACAAAGCGCACACAGCUCUCGAAUUACUGUCAAAGCACCACAGAGAGUUGGCGCUCCAUUUAAUUUUGGAAAGGAAUUUGUACAACUACCUGGGUGCAGACAAAUACGUUGUGACGCAGAAGAUAGUUCAGAUCAUCAGCUCUCUCAGCAGUAUGUUCAGUUCUCUUAACAUGACCAUUACCCUGUCCUCCAUGGAGGUCUGGAUGGACAAGAAUAAAUUUCAGACAGGGUUGAAUGGAGAAGAAGUGUUGAUGCAGUUGCUGAAGUGGAAGAUGACCAGCGCUGCUCUGCGGCCCUACGAAGUGCCCUAUCUACUGCUGUACCGGGACCGAGCUUCCUACGUGGGUGCGACCAUUCCAGACAAGGCGUGUCGGAGGGAUGCUGCGGGUGCAGUGGCCGUGUACCAGCGCAGCGUGACCCUGGAGUCGUUCUCCGUCCUCCUGGCCCAGAUGCUGGCCAGCAGCUUGGGCAUGACCUACGACAACAACAGGGGCUGCCGCUGCCCUGGGCACAUCUGCGUCAUGGACUCGGAGGCGCUACGUGUCAGUGGGGCAAAAUCCUUCAGCAGCUGCAGCGUUGAAGACUUUGAGAACUUCCUCAAGCAGAAUCCAGAGUGCCCUUUCAUCAGGGUUGUCCAGAGGGGCCCGCUCUCCAGGGUGGCUGUCUGCGGCAACGGUGUGAUAGAGCACGGCGAGCAGUGCGACUGCGGCUCCGUGGCGGCAUGUGCGGUGGACAAAUGCUGCACUUCCCAGUGCAAGCUCAAACUGGGUGUGAAGUGUUCCUCAGGACGGUGCUGUGAAAAUUGCCAGUUUAAAGCGAAAAACUCGCUGUGUCGCCCUCCUGCCGACGUGCAGUGCGACCUGGCCGAGUACUGCAACGGGUCCUCCGCGUCCUGCCCCCCCGAUUUCUACGUGCAGGAUGGGCAUGACUGCGAGCACAGCACCGGGUACUGCUACAAGGGACGCUGCCAGUCUGCUGACCUGCAGUGCCGGAGGCUCUACGGGACAGGUGCCAAAAAUGCUCCUUUGGCUUGUUACGAAGAAGUCAACAGCCAGCAGGAUAGGUUUGGCCACUGUGGUAAUCACCCAAAGGAUGGGUACCAGCCCUGCUCUUGGCUGAAUCUGGGAUGUGGAAAGCUAGUAUGUACAUACCCGAAUCAUAUUCCCUUCACAAAAGUUAAGGGUGCCAUCAUUUAUGCUCAAGUGCAAGAACAUCUGUGUGUGUCUUUUGAUUUUAUGCGCGGACCGACAGUGCAAGAUCCUCUCCUGGUUAAAGAUGGUACAAAAUGUGGUCCUAGAAAGGUUUGUGUGAAUGGCACAUGCCACCCACAUUCAGUCCUGAAGUAUGACUGCAAUGUGAAGACUAAAUGCCAUGGGCAUGGAGUGUGCAAUAACAAAAAGAACUGCCACUGCAGCCCGGGCUGGAACCCGCCCCAGUGCAAGACUCGGGGAUCUUCGAUAGGCGGCAGCAUCGACAGCGGGCAGCAGCUGCGGGGCCAUGACGAUACUGUCACAAAAAGCUUUCCUAAGGGCAUGCUGAAAAAUUGGCUGCUGCUGGUCCUCUGCAUUCUCGUCCCCAUCCUUAUUUGCUGCAUCAUCCUGAUUAAGAAGUGGACCCAGCUGAUGAGACACUGUGCGAGGAACAGAUCGCAAAGUGAUGCGUAA